AUGCCAAAGCUCUUCAAUAUCGAAGAGAAAGAGGAGAAUGAAGAGCCUCCACCUGAACUGGAACAAAUGGUACAAAAGCAGAUAGAGGCGGAAGAAGCGAAUGAAAUUCCUAUAAUUAUGUGCCACGAGGUGGAAUGUCAAACGGAGACAGUGGAAACUUCGGACAAAAUCGAGCAAACCAUCGAAAAAGUGCUGGAAGAUGAAAGCUGCCAAGCUGAAGAACAGAAAGUUUACGGCCAAGAAAUGGAGACCCAAACAGAAUCCGUUGAAGGAUAUAAUGCAGAAGCGCAGACGAUUAUUAUAGAGACAGCUGAUGAGGAAGUGCUAACCACAGUGUCACCGACGACGGAUUCUCCCUGCCAAACUGAAUCCUCGCCAACCAUGGACCAAAUAUCGCAAACUACUCAAGCAGAACAGGUCGAUGUUGAUACGAACACCGAGUUGGAGACAAAGAAUGCUCGCAUACAGACUCCAUCUCCGAAAAUUGAAAUGAAAACCAUUCAAACAGAAGAUUUAGAACGAAAAUCACCGUCAAAAAUGUCGUCAGCAAAGAAGCGAAUUCGACGCGCUUUUGCAAAGUCAAAGCCAGCCAAAUCUGUCGUGACGGAUACUCCUUCUAUGAGCGAAUGGAAGGAAAUAAGCGAUGAAGAAAAUGUAGAAGAGGAAGAAGACGUUUCAGAAGAAUCGCUGCAUUGGAAUCCCGUUGAUGGUCUACAUGCAGAAAAACAAUUGCCAGUAGCGAAACUGGCCCAGAUGUUCGAUCGACAAAUCACACCAGAAAGAGGGAAAAGGCAGUAA